AUGCUAUGGAGGGUUGUAAAUCUUCAACGACAAUUUUUACGAUGUGAGUUGUGGACUAAACGUAAAUUGUAUUUUCAAAAAAUGCCUUUCUACGCUGUUGCCAAAGGCCGGACUUCUGGAAUAUUUAUGGAAUGGAGUGAUUGUGAAGCUCAAGUUAAGGGCUUUCCUGGUGCAAGAUAUAAAAAGUUCAAUACAGUUGUCGAGGCCCAAGAUUUCAUUACAACUAACAAAACAGUGAGUGGACCGGGAAAGGAGAUACCUCCUAAAAAGCAAAAAUCUCGUUCAUCUCUGCCCAGUAAAAACGAUAUUAAUCUGAAAAGAAAUUAUUCAACUUCUUCCAAAGCCCACGAUACUGUUCCAAAGAAGAAACUGAAAGAAAAAGCGAAAACAGAUGGUUUCAGUUCUGAUGACGAUUUUAUUGACUUGAACACAAUAGUUGUAAAACAAUUAGAUGACAUAGAGGAAAGACUAAAAGGAGUUACUAAUCGUGUAGAUAAAAUCUUUGAAAAGAAUACUAAAAAGGUAGGAAAGAAGACUAAGUUAAUUCAACCGCAGGACCUUGGAUCGGAUUUUAAAGUGGAUGAUGAGGGGUUUGUUCAAGUUUAUACAGAUGGAGCAUGUUCAUCAAAUGGCCGUUCAGGUGCUCGAGCUGGUCUUGGUGUGUACUGGGGUGAUGGCCAUAGUCUGAAUGUAAGUCAGCCAGUGUCUGGGCGAGCUACUAACAACUGUGGUGAAAUUCAAGCAGCCACAAAAGCUAUCAAGCAGGCCAUCGAUAAUGGGGUUGACAAGUUGGCUAUUAAUACAGACUCCAAGUUUCUAAUUAAUUCUGCUACCAAGUGGAUGCCAGGUUGGAAAAGAAAAGGAUGGAAACUACAGUCAGGAGAACCAGUGAAGAAUGAAUUAGACUUUAAGGAUCUUGAUAGUGUCCAGAAAAAGAUUAAUAUUAAAUGGAAUUAUGUAGAAGCCCAUAAAGGGAUUCAUGGCAACGAGAUGGCUGAUCAACUUGCUAAAGCUGGUGCCUCCCGCUAUGGAAACUCAACAUGA